AUGAGGUAUCUAGUGUUGGCCGCUAUUUUGAUUGCGUUCGGUUGUCUAGUUUGCAGCCAGAGUAACAAUUACUUCUAUGGUACCAAAACUCCGUACGAUGUCUUGUUAAACCGCACCAUCGCCACCAAGUCGUCGUCGAUGUUGCAGGUCAAGACCAUGGAUCUGGUCUACCCGGUGAAGGGUCAACUGGGUCGCAAUAUAUCGGCCAUCAACAUAACUGAUCAGUUCAUCAACGGCAAGGGUGGCUACGCGUUUCUGUCGGCCGGCGGUCCUGGAUAUAACCACACAACCAUCCAUUUGAAAUCGCAGAGAGGAAAUGGAUUUAGUUUUAUUGUGGAAAUUUACGGACGCUAA